UUGAGUAACUUGUUAAGUCAUCACCAAUGUCUGGGAUGGCUUCACCACUUCUUUCUCUUCCAAACUUUGUUUCUCCUAAAACUACAACUACGUUGAACUCUAUCACUAUAAAAUCCCAACAACACCUUCUUCGUCUUCGUCUUCGUUCUACUCUCUUCCUUAGUUCCUCUUCAUAUCCAAUACUUCGUGCUAUUGGGCCCGAUGGCAAGUUCUAUCCAAACCCAGCAGACGAUGACCCACCGGAGGUACUCGACGAUUCAGCUCACGGCUUCAACAAAUUCCAGCAAAUUGAAAUCCAAGCCGAGCAUGCACGCCAACUCCAAGAAGAAGACUUCAAGAAAAACCAGUCCACUUACCUCGCCGCCAUCGCUGACGUCGAAGAUGCUCCCGAAACUCCUUCUCCCUCUUUCAAUUCCCAGGAUGACUUGUUCGGCGAGAUCGAUAAAGCCAUCGCCUUGAAGCGCAAAGAGUUCGUCAACCAGGGCCUUCUCGAACCCAAUCCCAGCAAGAAAGAACAAGAACAAAACGCCGUCGUCGAGGACCUCGACGAGCUUCAACCCGAAGAGGUCGUUGAUUUGGACGAGAUUGAUCAACUUCAAGGCCUUACACAGAUUUCCGACGAGGAAAACACUGAAAAUCGAGGUUCGUCUUUGGAAUCUCAAUCUCAAUCUCCGUUUGAGUUAGAUUUUGACAGUUACGGGAAAAGUAAGGCUAGAAUUGUGGAAGCCAAGUUUAGGAUGAGUUUGGCUGAGCUUUUGGAUGAGAGCAAGGUCGUGCCUGUGUCUGUGUAUGGUAAUUUGGAGGUUGAGAUCACUGGGAUUCAGCAUGAUUCUAGGAUUGUUACUUCUGGUGAUUUGUUUGUGUGCUGUGUUGGGCGAAAAACCGAUGGGCAUUUGUUCUUGACUGAGGCUGAUAAGAGAGGAGCAGUUGCUGUUGUGGCCAGUAAAGAGAUUGACAUUGAGGAUACUUUGGGUUGUAAGGCAUUGGUGAUUGUGGAAGAUACCAAUGCUGUUCUUCCUGCCUUGGCUGCAUCUUUUUACAAAUAUCCUUCUAAAAAUGUGGCUGUCAUUGGGAUAACUGGGACGUAUGGCAAAACAACCACCACCUAUUUGAUAAAAAGCAUGUAUGAAGCUAUGGGUCUACGCGCGGGAAUGUUCAGCUCGGUUGCUUGUUAUGUGCAUGGGGAUAAUAAGUUGGACUCUCCUGACAUGACCCCGGAUGCUGUUUUAGUGCAGAAUUUAAUGGCAAAGAUGCUUCACAAUGGAACUGAAGCAGUGGUCAUGGAGACUUCUUCUCAUGGAUUGGCUCAAGGAAAGUGUGAUGAGGUUGAUUUUGAUAUCGCGGUUUUUACUAAUUUGACUGAGGAGGCAGAUAGAGAUGCCCAGGCUAAACUGUUCUCCAGAAUGGUGGAUCCUGAGCGGCACAGGAAGGUUGUUAACAUUGAUGAUCCAAAUGCGCCGUUCUUCGUUUCACAGGGUAACCCAGGAGUUCCUGUGGUGACGUUCGCAUUGGAGAAUAAGAACGCAGAUGUUCAUCCCUUGAAGUUUGAACUCUCCCUGUUUGAGACACAGGUGUUGGUUAAUACACCCACUGGGAUACUAGAAAUUUCAUCGGGUUUACUUGGAAGACAUAAUAUUUACAACAUUCUUGCUGCCGUGGCAGUUGGCAUUGCUGUCGGGGCACCCUUAGAGGACAUUGUUAGAGGGAUUGAAGAGGUUGAUGCAGUUCCCGGUCGAUGUGAGUUGAUCGAUGAGGAACAAGCUUAUGGGGUAAUAGUGGACUAUGCUCAUACUCCUGAGGCCUUGUCUAGAUUGCUUGAUUCUGUUAGAGAGCUUGGACCACGCAGGAUUAUAACUGUUAUCGGUUGCUGCGGUGAGAGUGACAGGGGGAAGAGACCCAUGAUGACCAAGAUAGCAACAGAUAAGAGUGAAGUGACCAUGCUGACAUCUGACAAUCCCAAGAAUGAAGAUCCAUUGGAUAUUUUGGAUGAUAUGUUGGCUGGGGUAGGAUGGACAAUGCAGGAAUACCUGAAAUAUGGUGAGAAUGACUACUACCCACCUCUUCCGAAUGGCCAUAGGCUUUUUCUCCAUGACAUUAGGAGGGUAGCUGUGCGAGCUGCAGUUGCAAUGGGAGAGGAGGGUGAUGUGGUUGUGGUUGCUGGCAAAGGCCAUGAAGCAUAUCAAAUAGAAGCUGAUAAGAAGGAUUUCUUUGAUGAUCGAGAGGAGUGUCGUGAGGCAUUACAGUAUGUUGAUGAGCUUCACCAAGCUGGAAUAGAUACAAGUGAAUUUCCAUGGCGGUUACCAGAGAGCCAUUGAUACAAAAGGCUGCUGGGAAAAACAAUGGGUACUGCAUUACUUGUUUCCCUGAUUAGAAGGCCUUUCCGUGAUUAGAGGCUCUUUCUUUGCAGGAGCUUCGGAAGCAACCAGGUAAAAAUGGACUUUUGAGUUUGAGCGGCAAUGGCCUUCCGAGUCCAGCUAAAAAUUGCUAGUUUGACAUAGUACACUACAGUUUAAUCCAACCGUUAUUUUUGCAUAUACAAGUGUAGUCAUAAUUGUUUUCAUUUUUUUUCCCGGCCUCCAUUGUCCAUGCACCUGUAAUUCUAUGUCCUCUAAACAAAUUAUUGAAGAGUGAGGCAAUAGUCCAUCCUCCUCCUUGUCUAAUAUAUGAUUAAACAAAAGUCCACUUGUAUGUGAAUUUGUUGAAGGGUCCGUUAGAAAGAAUGCAGCUUGUUGCAAAAUUUGCUAUCAAGCAUUAGAAAAGCCAAUUCAUAUCCAAAAAUGUCCAACUGUAGAACUUAAUUAGCUUUUAUAGUGGGCAUUGGAAGAAAAAAUUGAUAUAAUCUGUUUUAACUUUUAUCAAGAAAAUGAUAUCAUCUAUAACAUUGCAAUACAGCUUAGUAAUUAUUAAUUAGUUGG